ACGAUGGCAGAAGCCGCUCCCGCUCCAGCCGCCGCGCCGGCUAAAGCUCCCAAGAAGAAGCGCGCCGCCCCGCCCAAGAAAGCCGGCCCCAGCGUCGGCGAGCUCAUCGUCAAGGCUGUUUCGCAGUCUAAGGAGAGGAGCGGCGUGUCUCUCGCCGCCCUCAAGAAAGCUCUGGCUGCCGGCGGUUACGACGUGGACAAGAACAAGUCCCGCGUCAAGAUCGCCGUCAAGAGCCUCGUAACGAAGGGCACUCUGGUGCAGACCAAAGGCACCGGCGCCUCGGGCUCCUUCAAGCUCAACAAGAAACAAGCCGAGCCCAAGAAGAAGGUGGCAAAGAAAGCAGCUCCAAAGGCCAAGAAGGCGCCCGCUAAAAAGCCCGCCGCUGCUAAGAAGCCCAAGAAGGUAGCGGCGAAGAAGCCCGCAGCUGCCAAGAAAUCGCCGAAGAAAGCCAAGAAACCGGCGGCCGCCAAGAAAGUCGCCAAGUCUCCCAAGAAAGCUAAGAAACCCGCGGCCCCGAAGAAGGCGACCAAGAGCCCGAAGAAAGCGAAGGUGGUCAAACCCAAAGCUGCCAAGCCCAAGGCGGCGAAAAAGGCCGCCUCCAAGAAGAAGUGA